AUGGGAAUUGCGUUCGCUGAUACAGGCCGACUGGAAGUCCUCUGAAACUCACCAUCGGUGCCAAGAAUGGAAGUGAAGUUGGAGGUUUUGCUGUCAUCCAGCAUCAAGCGCAGAAAGCCGUGGCCCAGAUUCUGCUGGCUGGGCAGGGAAAAGGAGGGUGUUUUUCUGUUGGAUGACAAUCGGAUCAGCGAAAUACAUUUGGUUUCGGGACGGACCAAAAAGAAGACCCCAAAACUCCAGCCGCUGUUGCAGAGGGUGGUGACCAUGUCAGCGUCUCAGGAUGGCGUGUGGCUGGUGGGUCUUCUGGUCUCUGGAGAACUUUUCCUGUGGAACAAAGACAAGGAUUCGUUGAAGACGGUCUCGGCUGUUCCCGAGGUUCAUCAGCUGGUUUCUUCCAUCAAAGGUUCAGCGACUGCAAUGCGGCUCUCUCUGCUGGUUUCGGAGAACGCACAGAGAGUUUUCCUGGCCGCUCUCACAGGACAGGUGUUCCUCUGGGAAUGUUCUUCUCGUCAGGAUCUGAGCGGCCCGCGGGACACCACAGUCCCCGGACGCUGGAGUCAGAUAUCAGACCACGAAAACAUUCAGCUGCCCUCCACAACAGACAAAGAGGCUUCCGUUCAUAGUGUGUUUGUGAAGAACCAGGCAGUUGGUGACGCGUGUCUGAGCGCAUUUGUCUUCAUUGCUGAAGCGCAGCUCAUCGUCACCUUUCUGAAGAUCCAGUGGGACUCGACGUGGGACAACAAACUCAGCUCAGCAGGUUUCAGUGUUGGCUGGGUCUCUCAGUCGUACCCGCUCAACCAGCUCCUGCCUCCGUGUAAACCGCUGAAGUCCAGAGGCGCUCUGAUCCCAGCAUUCUCUCCAGACGGUCGACUACUCGCCGUCGUCCUCAACCAGAAAGACCCGCAGGCGACGCAGGUGUUGUUCAUCAGCACUCAGAACUUUGUGACCGUGUCCAGUCUGUUAGGAGGGUGUGGCGUUAAGACGCUCAGUAUACCAGCUAAAUAUGUGAGGUCGUACUGGGCCGGUUCUGUGAGCUGGACUCCAGAAGGGCUUUAUCUGGCCUGUGUGCUGAAGAGAGGCUCUCUGCUCAUGCUGGCGCGUCUCGGUGGACUCGUGUCUCUGUCCACAACAGGAUGCAGCGUUGAGUUCAGUGCCGCCCACUUCCUGCCGCUUCACCCGCUGGUCACUUACAGACCUCCAGUGCCUUUGCAGACGCAGGACGGUGGCGUCUCCAGCUCCAGCGUGUCGCUCCGUGACCCCAUGAGACAGCGCUACUCCGUCACGUGCCAUCCUCGUCAGCCGCUCCUCAUCGUGUCCGACGGCUACAUGGUGACUGUGCUCAGGAUGAGCGAGCGGCCGUCUGCUGCCGCCGUGAUGAGCGCCGCCCUGCUGGACGCUGCGCAGGGACUGGAGCACAUACAGAGUGUCCUGGGCUCGUCUCAGCCUCAGUUCAGGUCCAGACUGGAGUCCAUGCCCACUCUGACGUUCACAGGAAGUCUUCAGCCUCUUAAAGAGAAAGAAACGCUUCUGUCUACUCUACCUCUGUACCUGCAGGAUACAGCAGACCUCACACAAUAUACUGAGAGAACUCAGGAAGACCAUGAUUCUGAUGAAGGUCCGUAUACCUGCUCACGCACAGAAGACGGAGGCAAGCUGGAGUUUGCGUCUAUGUUUGACACUCUUCACGCUCAGACACAGUCACACCCAGAGCCGUCGUCCUCGGGUCUGCAGGAGGAUCUGGACAGGGUUCACAGGAGCCUCACGAGAGCCUGGGCUCUGGGCGUUUCUCUGGGCGGCUCCGUCCAGCAGAGAGAGCGUCUCCUCAGGUACACCUUGCUCUGUUAUGAAGGUCCGUAUACCUGCUCACGCACAGAAGACGGAGGCAAGCUGGAGUUUGCGUCUAUGUUUGACACUCUUCACGCUCAGACACAGUCACACCCAGAGCCGUCGUCCUCGGGUCUGCAGGAGGAUCUGGACAGGGUUCACAGGAGCCUCACGAGAGCCUGGGCUCUGGGCGUUUCUCUGGGCGGCUCCGUCCAGCAGAGAGAGCGUCUCCUCAGGUACACCUUGCUCUGUGUCUCUCGCCUCGUGAACCUCCUGCGGGUCAGAGACUCCGCCGGCAGGAAGAGCAGGAGCGCGUGGGUCACUCACGCCCUUCACACCCUCGGGACGCUGCUGUCCUUUCUCCCGUGGGACGCCGAACGCACCGCAGGCCGCGGCUGUCUGGGCAUCACUGUAGAGCUCACUAGAUGUUUCGUGGACAUGUUUCUCCCGCUUUCCUCCUCCGAUUUAACACUUUCCUCCCAGAACUUCAGCGCAGCGCUCGUCGUCCUUCAGCGAGCGUCUCAGAGUGUGGAUCGGACCUACAGCCUCCCGCCGAGAGCAGUGCAUCAUGGGAAGGACGGCCAGCUGACAUAUUCCUCUGACAUGUUUUCUGUCCCACUGUUACAAGACGACGUUGAUGCUGAUGCCGAGACAGGAGCACAAACAGCACCUUCUAACAGAUUGGUGGUUAUCUGGCGUGAGGUGUACAAAAGGGCUGUGCGGUACCGGGAGGAAUUACGUCACCGCAGAGGCGUAAAAAACGAGCUCGAGAAGAUGUCAGUAAUUAUGCCUCAAAUCCAGCAAGCUUUACAGUCAGCUGGAGACCGUCUUGAGGAGAGCCACACACUGCGUAGUUUCAGCGGUGAACAGCACUUUAUUUUCGGAGAAUAUACGGAGAGCGUUCAGGUUUGGAGGACUCAGCUGAGGGCAGAGAGACAGAGAGUCGGACCGAUGACGUGUUACCUGGAGACCCGCUGCUGUCUGGCUCUUCUCUACACGCUGCUCUUCCAGUAUCGACUGCGAGAUGCUCAAGGUCUGUGUGACCGUCUGGCACGCCAGUUACAGACACAAGCAGGACGACAGGAAGAGGAAACGCAAGGAGAAGCUGAUGAGGGUCCGGUGGGGCGUGAAGCGGCCUGUGCUGUGGUUCAGUCUCUGGGCAGGUUUAUGGCUGCGUACUUCACCAACCGGCCGCUGUGCAUUCUCCCGCCACACAACAUCGACGUGCUGCCGCCUCUUCACUUACCACACGGUGACCUGCGUUGGAGAGAGCUGCAGCUUCCCACCGAGCUGAAGCCUGCAGAGAUAUUCCAGGAUCAGCUGGAGAUGCUACUGGGCCGAACGGCUGGGUCUGAAGGAGAUGCUAACACAGGCACAGUGGGUGUCGAGGACGUGGAUCUGGUUCAGGUCUCUGUGCAGGAGAUCCUGAAGGCGUCUGUCAUGGCGGAGGUGGACGUCAUCUCUCAGCCUCUAACACGACUUCUGGACGCAGCCAAAGAGCGAGCGAUGUCACUUCCUGCUCUGGUUCCUCCUGCGUUCUACCUGCCUGCUCCUCCUCUGUACUGUCCACAGCCUUCACCGAACACACAGGACUCUGUGAGAGAUGCAGCUCUGGUUCUGGAGAGGGAGUCUCGCUGCCAGGUUUCUGGGCUGGUUCAGAAGGUUCUGAUGCUCUUCAGAGCGGCACACAGCUCUCGGCCCGCGGCGCAGUGGUACAUCAGCAACCUGCAUCGCUGCAGACACCUACUGCACAAGAUCUGGAAGAAAGCGUCUGAACCCAAAGCAGAAUUGGUUCCUGAUGGACUGCGGAAAUUCUCCACUAAUCGUGGGUUCUUCCAAUCAGGGCCCAGCAAAGACAUGGAUAGUGUCACUACUUCUAAGACAGCAAAAUUUCUGGAUGCACCUGAGAAAUCAACACAAGAAAGAAAAGGAGAUAAAAGAUCAGGCACAGUGGAACCCAAAGCACCAGACUCGACUGUACCCACAGUGGGAACCUGGGAGUUUGAGCUGGAGGAUGAGGAGUACACGCUCUUUCUAGAUUUGUUCCUCAGCUACAUGCUGGGAAAAGACAGACUGGACGCUGAGGAGUCAGAGCUGCCUUUACUGAGUGCUUUCUCACAACAGCUCCGUACUAGAGAGCUGCACUCGGUGACCUUUGACAUGCUGACCACUCUCAAACGCCGUCAGAAGGAUCGGAAACGAAGUGCGCAGUUACCCCUCUUCCAUGCCGGUCACUGCUUCCAAACUCUCCCGGUUACUCCCAGACCUCCGUCAUCCAUCGGGCCGGUUCAGUCCGACACUCAUUCUACGUCACCAUGGGCUCUUCCUGGACUCCAUACUGGGAAACAUCAAGGUCUUUUUGCCCUUCGUCGACAUGCUACCUUAAUGUCCAAAGACGUUAAAGUAAAUUCGAUUGGCACAGAUGUCGAGUCAACAGGCUUUAAGAUCCUCUCUCAGGCUGAAUUAGAUAUUCAGAUGGAGCUGGACUCCUCUCUCGAGGCCCGGUUUCCUCAGCUGGCCCGGCUGCUGGAGUGGAUGAUGCGCUGGGCCGACAGGCGGGUUCUGCUCUCUCAGCCAAUCAGAAAGACCUCAGAGGGCUCCGGUGAUUCGGUGGUCAUCAGGGUCAACGCCUCGACCCCUGCAGUGCUGACAGCGCUGGAGCUGCUAAAGCGGAGGUACAGCGCCGCCCUGCUGGGAGAAAACUCAAAUCACUCCCAUACUAAGGGGGAGGAGUCUAUCGCUCAGCCAAUCACAGGCUGGAGGCGGGACAGAGAAAGCAGUGUGGACACGGGUUACCCGGGGUCAGCAGGGACGCCCAUCACACUCCCGGAGCUGGAGGUCCAAGAUGCGCAUGAAUCCGAGGAUCAGACGGAUGAUCAGCUGUCUGAACGUGAGGACACCGUGAUCUCUGAUGAACAGAAGAACAUCAGUGAGACCCGAGACAUCAGACAGACAUCUGCAGCUACAGACGAUGAGAGCAGCGCCGCUGAUGUCACCGAGGCAUCAUGGGCCAAUCAGAGCAGAGCUCACAGAGAUCAGGUGACUAAUGAUUUCAUACAUCACUGA